AUGCUUGCUAUCUCACUCGUUUGGACCAUCGCCUGGGUCCAUCAGAUCUACGCUUCAUCAUUGCUCAGAGACGGCACAGAUCAUGGUAUCAUUCGUAGACUGGAGGAUACGUACUUUACGGACCCGGUGGCCGAGGAAGGCGAAGAACUUCAGAAAGAGCUGAGGUCAACUACCCUCGCGACUCUUGAAUCAUUCGAUUGGUUGAAUGUGGAUAACAGUGAAUGGAAAGACUUCGAUGCGAUUGAAACUCACGGUUGGUCUGGCAAGCCAGGCUCCUCGGUCGCAGAUAUGAUCCAGUGGAGGGUUGAUGGCUCUGCGCUUCCCAAUACACUCAGCGAUGCCCUAACUACGCUGAGUCCGGGACAUCUUGGCCAUUGGUACAAGGUUACAUGGGAGCUGCCCGCUCGUCCCAAUCUGAAUAGCAAGGGAUUUUACGAGACCUUGUAUUCUCCUGAACACGGCAUCAUCGUAUCUAUGCACAUGUUCGAUCCUCAUGUUCAUCAGCACCACUCCAGCUCUCUUGUCGAGGACCACUGGGCGCAGAUCACCUACUUGACAUAUUCAGCGAUCCAGAAAAAUCUGAGAUCACAAAAGCAAGCAUACACCGGCAUUACCAAGGUCCUCGUAGUCUUGCCCGCCAAAUGUGCAACAACGACAUUAAUCGAGCAUAUCAUACCCAGGUCGACCUGGGGCCACAUCAAGGCCUACAGUUCUGCUCUCGUUUACCGGCCGUUGAGUCGACACUACAAUGUCUUGCUAGGCUCAAGUGAUGGUAGAACUAUGGCCAAGAUGCUUCUGGAGCGUAGACGCGAACUCGGCCAUCUAGAGAUUCCCGAAAUCCGCGUCUGGGUACCCGAAGAAGGCAAGCCCUGCCUGCUGUUCUCAUUCGCGGGGCGACCGACUCAUAGCGUGGCUUCUAGUGCUGGGAGAAGAAGAGUGAAUACAGUCACCAACGGCAAGGUGCUUGACUCGCCAGUGACUAGCUCGGCAAGUGCGACGUUCUACAAGACCAGGUCCGGCACAAUCGUGUUAAUCCAGGUGCUUCUGAUAGCGAUAGCCAUACUGAUCCAGCUUUCCGCCGCUCUACCUGUGGACUCCGAUUUUACGGCUUUGAGUCUGAACGCCCCACUCAAUGCACUUGAUAUCGCCGAGCAUCAGGGCAGCCAGCUCCUGGACGAUCUCCAGAGCUCUUUUGUCAACCCGCCUCCAGAGACAGAGGAUGCUCGGGAACUCUUGGACGACUGGACAUGCUAUUCUAGCAUUAGAGACCAUGGAUUCAGUGUCAAAGGGGAAAUUGAUAUUUGUAAAGACCUCGCCUCCCCGACUGCUUUCGGGCCAUAUCUACGAGAUCUUAUGAUAACUUUGACGGCUGACCAAUCGGCUCCCUGGCACUUUGUGACGUGGCAUAUUGAGGCUAAAGAACAUCUCCAGAGUAAGGGAGAAUAUAGCACUGCCUAUAAUCCCCGAGCCGGCAUCAUUAUAACCAUUACGAAAGAGGACCCAUCGGUCCGCUAUUCUCACGAUGUUGAGAAACAAGAGGACCAUUGGCCUUCCAUAACCUUCCUCACGCAAGAGAUGAUAAGCAGGCGCACAGUAGCGAUAACACCACAGAACUUUCGCACAAGUAUCAAGCAAAUCGUCAUGGCUGAUGUAAAGGGCCCAACUACGUCUCUCUUCGCCGACCUUCACGCGCGCUCGACCUGGAGUCGGCUGUCAAGAUUUGCAGACGCUCUCGUGUACACGCCAGAGAGGGAUCCGAAAGAAUUCAAAGCUCUUCUUGGUUCAGCAGAAGGACUGUCGGUAGCCCUGAUGCUGCUGGAGCGAAGAGCCGAGCUUGGCCGCCUUACGGUUUCGGAAAUCAAAGUCUUCGUGCAUAACGACCGGCCAAUCCUGAUAUCCUGUGUUGCCGCACGCCCGGGUUUGAAUGCAGCUUCCGGCGUUGCCAAGAAAGAUCUCGAUGCGGACUUGGGUAUGGUGCCCACUGCUACCCGCUCGUUCAACAAGAGCUUGCGAUAUCGGAAGAGGUUCCGACAGGGUCGAUCCCUCAACAGAUGUGACCGAGAGUAG